CGCAAAACGAGCGGGUGCAUGCUCUCCUCCGUUUCCAUUCGGCGCGAAAUAAGUAAACCCUCGAAGAAGAUUUUCUCGAACCAUGACCUCCACGCCGUGCUGUCCCGCGCUGGGUCUGCGCGUUCUAGUUCUUGACUACUACGAUUCCUACACGUACAACCUGGUGGACCUGAUUCAUUGCCUCACCGGCGAGAAACCCGUCUGUGUGUACCACGAUCAGUUUCGGUUUAUUGUAGAAAAAUCGUCGUCGAGGUUCACGACAGACCAGAGGAGCACGAAAGAGAACUACGAAUAUGCUCGGAACCAAGGGGAGAUAGACCAAGGAGGGCAAGCGCCGGGUGUAGUUCGAAAUGAAGAGGGCGACGCGGAAGACUACAAAACCUACUCCUUGGGAGAUUUUGAUGCGGUUGUGCUUUCUCCGGGACCAGGACAUCCCGAUGAGUAUGUUUCAGCUGCUGUUUCGACCAGAGCAACACGCGAGAAACGAUCUGGCCCUGCACCGGCGGGGACAACUACUUCUGAGGGAGAGGAC